AUGUCGGGGUACCAAGUGGGUGUUCAGGCUGAGCGAUUUUUUAAGACUCUAGGCCUUACACCUCUACGUCUGGAGCUUUCAGACACUAGUCUGCUCCUCGCCAACCGUCUCUCCUCCUCCCUAGCCAACACCGUCGCCGUCAUCGAAGCCGGUACUUUCUACGAGAUCUCCAACGGCAACGUCAGCAACAUACCGCGAUAUGUUUGGACCGGCACGGGCAUGACUCUCGAUGAUGCAAACCCUCUCGUAGACUGGAUGUUUACCACCGAGCCCGAAGUUGGCUUCGGCAACCAAUCCAUCCACUACGCUCGUGGUCGUGCGCUGGGUGGAAGCUCAGCGAGGAACCACAUCGGCUACCAGCGCGGCACCAAAGGCUCAUACGACAAAUGGGCUGAAGACGUGGGCGAUGACGGGUUCGCAUGGAACAAUCUCCGCAAGUUCUUCGACAAAUCGAUCACCUUCCACAAAGUGGAUACGUCGAAGAGGAGCUCAAACUCCACGCCUCCAAAUGACCCUGCUGGGCAAAGUGCAACGAGCGGCGAGGUGAGCGUUAGUUACACUAACUAUGUUGGUCCUUUCACGAGCUGGGCCCUGAAGGCGGUGAGGGCGCUGGGGAUGAAGGCCAUCUCAGGGUACAUAGGCGGCGAAUUGAUUGGGAGCAGCUGGGACAUGCGUUCCGUAGACCCCAAAACAAUGGUGCGGGACUCAGCGGAGACGGCGUUCUUGCGGCCGGCUCUGAAGCGCCAAAACCUGGUUGUGUAUCCUAACACCAUGGCGACGAAGGUUCUAUUCGAGGGUACAAAGGCCGUGGGCGUUCAAUUAAAUACGUUGGGUAAGGUCACGAAGCUGAGUGCGAAAAAGGAGGUCAUCCUCAGCGCGGGAGUCUUCCAGAGUCCGCAGUUGCUGAUGAUUAGUGGGAUUGGACCGAAGGCCACGCUGAGCAAGUACGGCAUCCCGGUGAUUGCUGACUUGCCGGGAGUUGGCCAGAAUCUGCACGACCAUCCCGCCGCCCUUGUCGUCCACAAGGUCAAAACCCCCAGCUCCACGCAGUUCAACACUGUGGCCAAGCGCGCCGCUGCCGAUGCCUCCUUCCUCCGUGAUGGUACUGGUCCCCUCUCCGGCACGGGAGGCGAGAUCAUCGGGUGGGAAAAAGUCCCGCGUCGGCUGAUUUCAAACAAGACAGCCGCAGACCUCGAUGCCGCCGUGCCAAAAGACUGGCCUGACCUCGAGAUUCUCGCUACAGAAGGUUACCCUGGUCCUGUACCACCAGACGACAGUGAUUACGUCGGCAUCGACAUCGCGCUCGUGAACACCUUCUCUCGGGGAACAGUGUCGAUUUCGAGUGCAUCGGCGCUCGACCCGCCAAUCAUCCACAUCAACUUCCUCAGCGACUCCCGCGACCAGGAAAUCCUCAUUGCCGCAGUCAGACGCGCGCGAGAGAUCUUUGCUGACAAGAGUCUUGAAGCAGUCCUUGUCGGCGAAGAGGUCGCGCCGGGUAAUGCAACGCAGACGGACGAGGAUAUCCUGUCGUAUAUCCACAAGUCGGCCCAAAUCUUCUUCCACGCGAGUAGUACCUGCAAAAUGGGUAAGAAUGGGGAUCCGAACGCGGUUGUGGAUUCUCAAGGCAGGGUGUUUGGCAUCGAGAGGCUGAGGGUGGUCGAUUUGAGCGCAGUACCGUUUCUGCCACCGGGCCACCCGAUGGCGACAGUGUAUGCGCUGGCAGAGAAGCAAGCUGCGGCAAUCCUGGGGGGAAGUUAG